CCAGUCUGAGCACUGCACGCAGCUGGCCAGCUGUGGUGGAACUUGAGGAGGGGAGGGUCGCGCUUUUUCACUCCCGGUAUUCCCUCGCGUGGCUGCCGGCCGGCGCGCCCACGCCCACGCCCACGCCCUCCUCCGGCUCUCCCGCCCCCGCGCUCCCCGCCCCCCUCUCCCGCCUCCCCCGGUCGCCUCCCUCUGUCUCCUUCCCGGGACAGCAGCGGAGCCGAGCUACCCCAGCCUGCCGCCUGCCGUCCGACGCCCGCCCAGGCGCAUCCUCUCCCCAGCCGCCGCCGCUGCCGCCGCCGCUGCCGCGCAGGACCCAUGAAGAAGCAGCCAACAUGAAUGUGAAAAAAUACCUAGUGAAAUGUUUGCACCGCCUGCAGAAAGGGCCAGGCUACACCUACAAGGAGCUUCUGGUCUGGUACUGUGACAACACUAACACCCAUGGACCCAAACGCAUCAUCCGCGAGGGGCCCAAGAAGCAGGUCAUGUGGUUUGUGCUUACCCUGCUUUUUGCCUCCCUGGUGUUCUGGCAAUGGAGCGUCUUCAUCCAGACUUACCUCAGCUGGGAGGUCAGUGUGACCCUCUCCAUCGGUUUCAAAACCAUGGACUUUCCAGCAGUCACCAUCUGCAAUGCCAGCCCCUUCCGGUAUUCCAAGGUGAAGCAUCUGCUAAAGGAUCUGGAUGACCUCAUGGAGGCCGCCCUCAAGACUAUUCUAACCCUCGAGUCUGGUCCUGGCCAUGUUAAUUACACGGAAGACCUGAAUAUGACUAUCUGGAACCACACACCAUUGGUUGUGAUUGAUAACCGAGACCCAUACCACCCCGCCAUUGUGGACCUUUUUGCCAUGGGCCAUAAUAAUUCUGGGGCAAACUCCUCAUCUCCACAGGGCAGCUGCAAUGCCCAGAAGUGCAGAGUUGCCUUGAGGCUGUGUGGCCAAAAUGGCACUGUGUGCACCUAUUGGAAUUUCACCAGUGCUACCCAGGCAAUGAAGGAAUGGUAUAUCCUACAGUCCACCAGCAUCCUCUCUCAGGUGCCCCUGGAGGAGAGGAUCCAGAUGGGCUAUCCAGCAGAUCAGAUGAUCCUAGCCUGCCUAUUUGGGGCAGAACCCUGCAAUCACAGGAACUUCACUGCAGUAUUUCACCCUGACUAUGGAAACUGCUAUGUCUUCAACUGGGGCAUGAGGGAAAAAGCCCUGCCUUCCUCCAACCCUGGAACCGAGUUCGGCCUGAAAUUAAUCUUGGACAUUGACCAGCAGGAUUACGUCCACUACCUCACCUCUACGGCUGGCGUCAGACUGAUGCUCCAUGAGCAGAAGGCCUACCCUUUUCUCAAAGAUGGGGGUAUCUAUGCCAUGCCUGGGACAGAGACCUCCAUCGGGGUGCUGGUGGAUAAACUGGAGCGGAUAGGUGAGCCCUAUAGCCACUGCACUAUCAAUGGAUCCGAUGUCCAGAUCCCCAAUCUCUACAGUGAGUUUAACACAUCCUACUCCAUCCAGGCCUGCCUUCGCUCCUGCUUCCAAGAACACAUGAUUGAGAACUGUGGCUGUGGUCACUACUUGUAUCCCCUUCCUAAGGGGGAGAAAUACUGCAACAACCAAGACUUUCCUGACUGGGCAUACUGCUACUCGGACCUCCGCAUGAGUGUGCACCAGAGAGAAACCUGCAUCAGCGGCUGUAAGGAAUCCUGCAAUGAUACCCAGUAUAAGAUGACUAUCUCCAUGGCUGACUGGCCAUCCGAGGCCUCUGAGGACUGGAUUUUCCAUGUGUUGUCCUAUGAACGUGACAAAACCACCAACCUGACCAUCGACAGGAAAGGGAUUGUCAAGCUCAACAUUUACUUCCAAGAAUUCAACUACCGGACAUUUGCUGAGUCAGCAACAAACAAUAUGGUGUGGUUACUGUCCAAUCUGGGUGGCCAGUUUGGGUUCUGGAUGGGCGGCUCAGUACUGUGCAUCAUCGAGUUUGGUGAGAUCAUCAUCGACUGUAUUUGGAUCACCAUUAUCAAGCUGGUGGCUUGGGCCAAGGGUCUGAAGCAGCGGCGGGCCCAGGCCCGCUAUGAUGGCCCACCGCCCACAGUGGCUGAGCUAGUGGAGGCACACACCAACUUUGGCUUCCAGUCUGACACCGAAAAUGUCACCGACCCACACGUGCCCAAGAACUACCCAGAGGAGCAGGGCCCGCCCAUCCCGGGCACCCCACCUCCCAACUAUGACUCCUUGCGCCUCCAGCCCCUCGAUGUCAUUGAGUCAGAUAAUGAGGGAGAUGCCAUCUAAUCUCUUGGCCUUCUCUCGCAACAUCCUGAGGGAUGGGAAAGAAGAAAAUCACUUCAAUGUUCCACUUGGUAUCUGCUCACUCUGCCGUCAGUGUCCACUUUGGCUGGACAGAAGAACAGGCCAAGAGUCAUUCCCUGAAUGUCUUUAUCCUGCUCCAGAGCCUAGAUUUUACCAACUUCCUCUUCAUUUACAGAGUCUUCAGUUCCUUCUUCCCUUGUCUCACUUCCCUUGGUACCUGCACCGGGUUGAAAUCCAUACCGGUCUGUGGGAAUGUGAGAAAGUGAUCAUAUUAUAAGAGCCUCCUAACUUCUGGAGGAAUAGCACUUGGCUCUGCGGGUUCCACAAUUGAUGGGAUCAGAUCCCAGGUUUAAAACUAGAAGGAUCCUUAGAGGCUACCUUGUCCAACUAUCUCAUCUUACAGAUGCGGAAACUGAGACCCGAGGGAGUUAAGUAAUGCCUGAGGUCACAAAGGAAAUAAAUGGUAGAGCUGUAAUUUGAACCUGGGUCCUCCUGACACGUUGUUCUUUCUAUAGUCACAAUCACAGUCAGACUUCUGACCCUGAUAUUCAGCUCACAGGAAGAACAAAGUAAUUUGGCCCCUAAUCGUGUGCUUUGGCAUAGUCUCAUAGUGUCCUACCCUGUCAGAUAGCCCUGGCCAGUGAGCCAUCUUGUCGUAAGAGAUUCAUUCCCUGGAUUAGAAAUACCCAGGCCAAUGGAUUUCAAAUCUGGCCUCAAAUAGUCCCUAGCUGUGUGACCCUGGGCAAGUCACUUAACCUCCAUUGCCUAGCCCUUACUGCUCUUCUGCCUUGGAACCAAUAGCUGUGUAUUGACUCUAAGACAGAAGGAAAGGGUUUUAAAAAAGCCAGGGAGGCAGGCCCUAGAAGAUCCUGUUCUCAGAUGCCCCUUUCUACCUCCCAGGUGGUCAUGUGCACACAUGAAGACAGGACCUCUAUUCUUAUUCAGUAAGUGAAAGGAGAAGCUAGAAGAGUGAUCCCAGCAUCACCUCUGCCCAAGCACCCAGAGAUACUUUCUCUCCCAUAGCCAAUGAUUUGACAGUCCAGAGGCUGGAUAAACGUAGAUCUGGGAGUUGUAUGUGUAACGGUUUGCUUAUUCAGAAUUUUUAAAAUGAUGAUUUUUUUUUCCAUUUCUGAAGUGAUUGGCAGCUUAGUGGAUGUGUACUCGGGCUUUCAAGGGCCCCAAUGUGGAGGAUUUAGGGUGAGUGGACACACGCAGAAUUUGCAAGAAUAGCGGAGUUCCUGCUUAAUAACAGAGCUGAGAAUGUCUCUCAGUCUGUCUCUUUCUCUCUCUCUCUCACUCUACCAAAAAGGAUCAGCACUGGCUCUGCAAUUUGCAAUUUAGAAUCUUAGAGUUGCCUGGGGCACUGGGAAGGUGGGUGACUUGACCAGGGUUAGAGUCAGUGGCAGGACUUGAACCCAGGUCUGUCAGACAAUAAAGCAAACUUUGAGCCUAUUACAA